AUGGCGGCGUUAAGUGGAUUGCAAGAUCACUUGAAAUUGGCGAGAGAAUAUGCUCUUGAAGGCCUCUAUGACACUUCCAUUAUCUUCUUCGAUGGUGCCAUUGCUCAGAUCAACAAGCACCUAACCACGCUUGACGAUCCUUUAAUUCGCACGAAAUGGAUGAAUCUCAAGAAAUCCCUUUUCGAUGAGACUGAAGUUGUCAAACAAUUGGAUGCUGAGAGAAGGGGUUUUAAGGAAGCUCCUGCUUCCAGGCGCGUUGCUUCUCCGCCCAUUCAUGCUAAAUCUUCCUUUGUUUUCCAGCCAUUGGAUGAGUACCCUACGUCUUCUGGUGCUCCCAUGGAUGAUCCUGAUGUUUGGAGGCCGCCUAGUCGGGACACUACCAACAGGAGGCCUGCCAGGGCUGGUCAAGGGGGUAUGAGGAAAUCACCCCAAGAUGGGGCCUGGGCUCGUGGUGCUUCCACGAGAACGGCUACUACUGGUCGUGGUGCAAAGACCACUGGUUCAAGUAGGGUGAACUCGGGAGUCAGAGCAUCGACAACCGGAAAGAAAGGCACUGGCACUGGAAAAUCAGGAAAAGGAGAUUCAUCUAUUUGUGUUCAUCAUGUGAACUUAUCUGAGUGUGCAAUUGUUAGAAUGGUGGUUUAUCGUAAGAUUCCAAGGAAAAAUGAUUUGUUAGAAUGGUGGUUUAUUAAUGGUGAUGCUGAAGAUGUAAAGAAGAGACCACAAUAUGAGGGACCUGAUCCUGAAUUGGCUGAGAUGCUUGAAAGGGAUGUCUUGGAAACUACUCCUGGAGUAAGAUGGGAUGAUGUUGCAGGACUCAGCGAAGCAAAAGACUUCUGGAGGAAGCCGUUGUCCUUCCUUUGUGGAUGCCUGAAUAUUUCCAGGAGACCUUGGAAAGGUGUUCUUAUGUUCGGCCCACCUGGUACUGGGAAGACACUACUUGCUAAAGCUGUUGCUACUGAGUGUGGUACAACAUUUUUCAAUGUUUCAUCUGCUACAUUAGCUUCAAAAUGGCGUGGGGAGAGUGAACGAAUGGUUCGGUGCUUGUUUGAUCUAGCACGAGCUUAUGCACCAAGUACAAUUUUCAUUGAUGAGAUUGAUUCUCUAUGCAAUGCUAGGGGGGCUUCAGGGGAACAUGAAUCAUCUCGAAGGGUCAAGUCUGAACUUCUGGUUCAGGUAGAUGGUGUAAGCAAUAGUUCCACUGGUGAAGAUGGCAGUCGGAAAAUAGUGAUGGUUUUGGCAGCUACUAACUUCCCUUGGGACAUAGAUGAAGCACUAAGGAGGAGGUUGGAAAAGCGUAUUUAUAUUCCUCUUCCAAAUUUUGAGAGUCGUAAGGAGCUUAUUAGGAUCAAUUUGAAAACUGUUGAGAUCCUGGAUGAAGGUAAAUCAUUCUGUGUUGUUAUGAGCUCGAGUCAGUGUGUGGGUUUGCUUCCAUUCCCUUGUUGUGCUGUGUCUGGUGUUUUUGUUACGAAGGUUCCUUGUAAUGACACUCUCGACCAUGCUAGUCCUUCUGAUGCCUUCACUGUGGCCACAGAUGUAAAUAUUGAUGAAGUUGCUCACAGAACAGACGGAUACAGUGGAGAUGAUCUAACGAAUGUUUGCAGAGAUGCUUCUUUAAAUGGAAUGAGGCGCAAGAUAGCGGGAAAGACUCGAGAUGAAAUUAAGAACAUGCCUAAGGAUGAGAUUUCGAAUGAUCCUGUAGCAAUGUGUGAUUUUGAAGAGGCCUUGCGGAAGGUUCAGCGCAGUGUUUCCCAAGCAGAUAUUGAGAAGCAUGAGAAGUGGUUCUCAGAAUUUGGAUCGGCCUAA